AAGCUGUAUGCAUAUGUACGUCAUUGCAUCCCGGGUAUCUAGCAGCCAACAUUAAAAUAGAAGUGCCCACAAGGCUGUGGUUUCAUUAGAAAGCCCUCCAAAGAUCUCACCAUAUUCCCUAACCUAGUGCCUCAUACGAAUCGAUUGGAAUCCAUAUGAAUCCCGCCAGCCCUCAUACGAAUAUUAGCAAGUGGAAUGACAAGGUGCAAAAAUGCCUAGCCAUUUCAUCCUUUGGAAAAGGCCCGAACAUUAUCUCUAAAUUGAUCAUUGAUCGGAGUCGGUACGACACGCUUCAUAUCUCUGUUAGGCCUGACGAGGCUUUUGCCAUGCCCAUGCGAGAUUAUGUACAGUCCAGCAAAAUCAUAGGCGAUCUUACUAAGGCUCCCAAUAACCUGUCUAUUCCCUUAGACAAGAUUCACGAGGAUGACCGUGGCAAAAUUGUUGUGGUGUGCGGUACUCCCCGCCCCUGCCUGCUCCAGUUGUUGGGCUCUCGACUGAACAUCGCUCCCGAGUUGUUUUUGGGCCACAUUGAUCCGCCAGUAUCAUUUAGGCCAGGUUCAUUGCCGUCUCGACCCACAAACAUUUUCACUGUCCAGUUCAUCAGCAUAGGGUUCUACCCAGAUAAGGAAAACCGACUGGACAUGGCACAGAAACUUGGAAGCAACACGGUAGAUUAUAUAAGAGAUCUUCUACAAGGUCAAAUUGACGGGAUGGAGAGAGUCCGGGGAGUCAGUCUGCAUGGAGAUCUAUUCUUCACGGUUCAGCAGUCGGCAUCACUACUCGUGCACCAAAUGGACAACACACAAUGGUCUGGUAUUCUGAUGACGGAUUGUGGUCCUCGACUGGCUUCGCCCCCUUGGACCCCCAUUUCACAGUACGGGGCGUACUUCUAUCCUCUAAACACCUCCCAUCCAAUGAGUUUAAUACAUCCCCUGCACUGGGACUCCAACGCCUUUAUUUCCCACCCGAAUCCAUUCCUCGCAAGAGCGGAAGUAGACACAGCCAUGUCGGAAGAUAUUCGAAGAUCCGCUCCACAAGAACCCCUCGCUUUUGUCGCCGAUAUGCUAGAAACCUCGGCUCUCUGCUGGCUACAAUUCCUCGCAUUCGUCCAGAAAUGUCAACAUAGCCGUCUGUCGUCGUUAGCAAAUGAGCGCGCCGAGUAUCUACAACGAGACAAGCUGGCCUUAGAUCACGCUAUACUCUACUUUACGGAAGCCAUUGACUUCCUCGAUGGGUGGGGCGACAGUGAUAAUCUACCACGGUGGCCAGCCUGUAGGCCAGUUGGAUCAGGUGUAAAUGUGUCAGAUAUGGCAACUUCUCUCCAACGCGACUUUCGACACCUCCGUGACAAAGCCGAAACACUAUCUCAAAAGUGUAACGAGAACAUCGCCAUCGCCAUGAACACCAUGUCGAUCUGGGAAGCUCAACGGAGUCUGGUGAACGCACAUCGAGCAACCGUAAUCACAUAUUUGGCUUUCUUCUUCGUUCCCAUGACGCUUGUUGCAAGUCUUUUUGGGAUGAACGUACAAGAGUUGUCAGAUAGUCGAGCACCUGAAACGUGGGUUUACUUCGUGAUUGCCAUCCCAUUGACCCUCCUCUGUCUCUCUGUUCCGUGGUAUUUCCAGUGGAACGAGUCAAGGUCAUCUCAAAGUGGUUGAGGAGAUUGCAUUGGAGUGACGAAGAGAAAAAACUAGACGGACUCAAAGGUCAACUAUUUGAAGGUGAUGCCCCCUCCACCAGAAUAGGGGGAACCGAGCACGUGAUGUGAAACUUUGGAGGGGGCAUCUCAAAAUUGAGUUUGUUAAGGGGUGGUGGUGUCACGUGGGCUCCCCUAGAGCAACCAGCUCCAGCCUCCGGGUACAAUUAACAUCAUAUACAUACUACCUACCUACCGACUACGUAGGUAGGUAUUGUUGAUUUGGCUUUUAAAGCGAUUGUUUCAACCAAUGCUAUGUUUCAAACA